AUGCCGCCGACAGCCCAUAGAACAGUCCAUGUUGGGGCCAAUCUGUUCCCAGAAAGCGUGGAAGGAGAGGGUCCGCCACUGCUCCUAACACCCGUUGAAGAGAGGGUGCUAGAGUCAAAAGGAGUAAAGGCGGCCCUGAUGGCCAUGCGGGAUAGUGUGGUGAAUCUAACCACGAGAGUAAAUGAAACAGAAAGGCGAGCGGCACAUAACCUGCCAGGUAUGGGAUUCGAGGAAAGAGGGGGACCGUUCACAAAGAUCAUCACGCAGACCUUGCGCUCUCAUGCGGCUAAGCCAUUGAAGUUGAGCUACGGAGGCGAAGGGGACCCGCAUCUCUUCCUGGAUAGUUUUAAGUCCCAUACUAACGCUAAAGAUUACUCAGAUGCCAUGUGUUGCAACAUGUUCCAGGAGACACUGUCAGGAGAGGCACUGAGUUGGUUUUACGAGCUCCCGGCCGGAUCGAUAGACAGUUUCAGGCAACUGGCAGAUAGGUUUGUGAACCGUUUCAUAUUGCGUAUGGAUGGGCAGAGCACCCCCCAGCUGUUCAAAGUGAAACAGGGACAAGGUGAAGGGCUAAAGGCCUUCGUGAAUCGCUGGCAGGGAGCCACCGCUAAGAUGAGAAAUUUCGACAAGAAGGUGGCGGAAGAAGCAUUUUACGUCGGCAAGAGAAAGGAGGAUAGGAGGUCCGAGUCCCAGGGGCAAACCAUCCAAGAAGUAAGAACAUGGAAAGGGGAUCAGGAGGGACAAGGUUUCACCCCCAGCAAAAGGUAUAAAGCGGGAGGUAGGAAGCAGGCCAAGCAGGUAGGAGGCCCGCAGGGAAAAGGCAAAGGGGGUUAUCAGGACGGCGGGUUCAAAGCAGUGGCUCCCGCAGCUAGAGAAAACUUCACUACCUUGAUGGCAACUCCCGAGGUAGUAUGGAACGAGAACAAGGGCGUAAUCCUAGGGCCACCGAUGAGGAAGUUUCCGCCAUCCAGACUGACAAGGGAGGACAACGGGAAGUACUGCGGGUAUCACGGAGAGGCCACACAUGCAAUUAACAACUGUGUAGAGCUCAAGAAGGCGAUCGAGGGCCAGCUAAAAGGGGGGAAACUGCAGCAGUACGCAUGGGUCAGCAGAAGGAGGCGGGGUUCCGGUCUACGGGACGAUCAACACUAUCCGUGGGGGAGCACUCAUGUCAAGGUGAGCUGGAGAUCGGUGACAUUUGAGGAAGGAAAAGAGCAAGGAAUCAGGCAGCCCCACGAGGACCCGUUCCUAGUCACCGCGCAGCUGGAUCAUUACCUAUUCAAGAAGAUCCUAAUUGACAUCGGGGCAUCGGUGAAUGUACUAUUCAAAAACGCAUGGCAAGCAUUGAGAAGAGGGAACAACAAGGUCAUACAGGACAAUGAGCUGUUGAUAAGCUUCUCCGAGGAUGUGGUGCAACCUCUGGGCUCGAAUCAUAUUCCUGUGAUCCUGGAGAGCGUAGAGGGGAACACGUUGACAACAGGGAUAGAUUUUAUAGUCGUCGAUUGUGACUCAUCUUACAACGGGAUAUUGGGGAGGCCGACCCUGUGGAAGGUGAAGGCGUUCAUUGCUGGGCACAUACUGUUGAUGAAAUUACCUUUCCCUGCGGGUAUAGUGACCAUCUGGGGGGAUCAGCUGGCAGCGAGAGGAUGCUACGCCAUCGACCAAGAUAAUGGAAGGAGAAGGGCAGAAGUGUUAGUUUCAGGGAACCCGGUGACCCUCGUGACGGAUGCCUACGAGGAUCCGAGGAUUAAUGCCGCAACUGAGGGAACCGAAGCCGAAAAGCCAGGAUCUAUCGAGGAAACGGAAUUGAUCUGCAUCUCAAACGAGUUCCUAGCAAGGACAGCAAGAAUAGGGACAGGGUUGCCUCCCGGAGUGAAGGAGGAGCUUAAAUGUCCCCGGGAUCUUGAAAGACAUAGUGACACACCGGUUGGGAAUCCGAAAGGCGUGCCCCUGGUGAGGCAAAAACGCAGGUCGUUUGACUUGGCGAAAUAUGAUAUCAUCAAGGGAGAGGUACAGAGGCUGUUGGACAUCCAAUUUAUCAAGGAAGCUAGGUACCCACAGUGGUUGGCCAACGUGGUCAUGGUCCCAAAGAAAGUAGUGGGGCAGUGGAGGAUGUGUGUGGAUUAUACUAGCCUUAACAGGGCCUGCCCCAAGGACAGCUUCCCGUUGCCACGAAUAGACCAACUCGUUGAUUCCACCUCCGAGUUUGAGAUGCUAAGCUUCAUGGAUGCAUAUGCAGGCUACAAUCAGAUAAUGAUGAACACAACAGACGAAGAGCACACUGCGUUCACCAUCGACAAAGGAGUGUAUUAUUACAAGAGGAUGCCAUUCAAUUUGAAGAACGCGUGA